CAACGACCAGAACAGCCUUCAUUUUCCUCCUCGCGACCCCUCCUUCGGCCGACGUCCGAACCCUUUGACAAAGCCUUACUCAUACUCCUACCGCGACAACUGCUGAAGUCGUUGAUACAGUCUUCGCGCCUGGCGCAAAUACUUUCUUUAUCAUGGCUUCGCAGGGCGGGGCACAGAAACCCCAGGUCCAACCAUGUCGCUACAAAACAGGAAAAACACUGGGCGCAGGCUCUUAUUCGGUCGUGAAAGAAUGCGUACACAUAGAUACAGGGAGAUACUAUGCCGCCAAAGUUAUCAACAAACGACUCAUGGCUGGACGUGAGCACAUGGUGCGCAACGAGAUCGCCGUCCUCAAAAGGGUGUCAGUGGGUCACCGCAAUAUCCUGACGUUGGUCGAUUACUUUGAGACCAUGAACAAUUUAUAUCUCGUGACAGAUCUUGCUCUUGGAGGAGAACUAUUCGAUCGCAUCUGUCGAAAAGGCUCCUACUACGAAUCCGACGCGGCCGAUCUCAUUCGUGCGACCUUGUCAGCAGUCGCAUACCUGCAUGACCAUGGCAUUGUCCAUCGAGAUCUCAAACCCGAGAACUUACUGUUCCGUACACCAGAAGACAACGCUGACCUCCUUAUCGCGGACUUCGGCUUGUCGAGGAUCAUGGAUGAGGAACAAUUCCACGUCUUGACUACUACGUGCGGAACACCCGGGUACAUGGCGCCGGAGAUCUUCAAGAAGACAGGCCAUGGCAAACCAGUAGAUAUUUGGGCCAUCGGUGUCAUCACCUACUUCCUCCUUUGCGGCUACACUCCGUUCGACCGAGACAGCAAUCUCGAGGAAAUGCAAGCAAUCCUUGCCGCAGACUACUCCUUCACGCCCGUCGAGUACUGGCGCAACGUAUCCGAGACUGCACGGGACUUUAUCAAGCGAUGCCUGACCAUCGAUCCCCGCGCCCGCAUGACGUCCCACCAAGCGCUCCAACACCCGUGGAUCAAGCCGCAAGAUCCUACCAGCCCGGGAAAAACAAACGGGGACGGCCAGGAUCUGCUGCCGACGGUCAAGAAGAACUUCAACGCCCGUAGGACGCUGCACAAGGCCAUCGACACGGUUCGCGCAAUCAACAAGCUUCGUGAGGGCGGCGGACUCAUGGCAGGCCAUAUGGAUGGAGCGAUGAGCGUGGACCCGAAGCCCAAGGCCGAAAUGGUCAAUGGAAGCAAAGUGAUCAAUGAUCAGGGUCAGCAAAUUUCCGGUGACGAAGCUAGGGGAGCCCAUGCUUCUGACCAUGGUGAUAACGGCCACGACCCCGAUGCGAUGGAGAUUGAUUCGCGGGGCCACGGACGUGGACAAACCCAGGAACAGAUCCAGAGGCAGCAGCAGAAAAUCGCUGAUACCGUGAGUGGGCUGUGGGGCAGUAAACGAUAGAUUUGUCCAGUGGCAAUGGACUUGGUGAUAUAUGUCGAGAGAGUACAUUCACAGCAAAAGGAGCCUUUCCUCUUGUAUCUGAGCUGAAGUGGUGCACGACACGGCGUUCGACGGGUCAGAGGCUGGAUGGAGAUGAUAUCCUCGUGAAGGGCGCUGGGCUGCGACUGCGCAAAGUUCACGUGCCUCGCAUGAUACCUGAGUACGACCAAAGGA